GCGUUCGGGAAUGAAUAUCAAGUUUUCUCACAGAAAUCUCGUAUUAUUAUGAUUAUCGUACAAUAAAGUGAAUAUAUAAUAAUACUGCUGAUCCCGCUUCACUUCUUUUGAUAAAGACCAGGCAACAAAGAUGCUGAUUAAAGUGAAGACACUCACAGGUAAGGAGAUUGAGAUUGACAUAGAGCCCACAGACAAGGUGGAGCGGAUUAAAGAAAGGGUGGAGGAGAAAGAAGGGAUCCCUCCACAACAGCAGAGGUUGAUCUACAGUGGGAAACAAAUGAACGAUGAGAAAACCGCAGCAGACUAUAAGAUCCAGGGAGGCUCUGUUCUCCAUCUGGUACUCGCUCUGCGAGGAGGACAGGCGCUCCGCUCAAGAACCGCUUGAAAUCGUUGCCGUUGGCUUCACGCGGUGCCUGCGCGAAGAGGACACACCGAAGACGCCGCACAGCAGAGACACUUGUAGAAAGAGUUCGAUCGGGUUCUACUCGGCUGCAAACGCUCCCCCGCCCCCGGCAGAAAAGGCAACGUUACUUUCAGAAUUAAACAAUUCUUUGGCCAAAGAGUUACAACCGAGAGCUAAUUUGGCUGCCACAGAAAAAACCCACUACAUUGUCCUCUGUUCAAGUCAGUAUUUGUUUCUCUCUGUGCCUCUGCAUAUGAGCGUCUAUCUGUAUUCAACUUGUGACAGAACGGAGACAUCUGUAGCUUAAAGACACUUCAGGGAAAACCCUUCCUUGGAUUACAGUCUUUGCAUUGUGACACAAACUAACUACUUUUUCUACUUUAUUAGUUUUAUUCAGUUUUCUGCAGGCUGCCCCAAGUCACUAGGUAUUAUCUGAAGCUACAGGUGUGGCUGCAGUCGAAGCGGUUUUCUCUCGAUCUGCGAGAGAUGGGACAGUGGAACAGUUUGACAUUUAAGAAAUCCAUUCUCGCUUUUUUGGUGCAAAGUUGGAAAUGUCAAACUAUUCCCAUGAGGGAAAACUACAAGUGAAGGACAUGUUUGUGCCAGGAAAAAUCUCCCGGCACUGAUUCUUAAAUCAUGUGGCGCAGAGUUUGCUUUACACCCGUUUCCUAAAUUGACUGUCCAUUCAGCAGGAUAAUGUUUUAUUUGGUUUCAUUUGAAUUUAAGUUAUUAAAAAGUGAGUUUUUCAUUUUACUGUUACAAAAAGACAAGAAAUGUGCCAACCAUGGUGUUGUCUGACAACGGCCUGAGUUUACAUGGAGAUCGCUCGGUUUGUUUGUGUGUUCAGUUAGUUUUGGGAUUGCUGUGUCAGCAUUAUACGCUGAAGGAUGUGACAUGGGUCAAUACCGUGGAUUAGUUUGUCUGUAGAAUAAAUGUAUGUUGAUGCUUAAAAUGCCUCACUUUCUGCCACCAA